CACAUACGGUUUACGGUCUUGACAGUUCACAAGUGUUUUAUAUUGUUUUUUUUAUUCUCUUUUGCCUUCUUUCGUUUAUUUUGUGAUUUUAAGAUGAUUAAGUACUACUACGGGGAACACUUCGGGAUGCAUCGCAAACCUCGACAAUUUUACUAUUUUGGAGAAAAGAUAAGGAUGGAGACCAAAUUAUCUACAAACUGGCAUCAGCGUCCCCUGGCGCUCAGUCCCAGCCCGAUAAUAUUCGACAUACCGACUUAUCAGAAAGUUGAUAUUUACCCUAGUGAUUCGAACGAGUCAUUUUUACACUCACAAAAGCUGAGGGCGAGCAUAUUUGAGUCCAAAAAAGCUUUUUUAAGCCACUCACUCAACGAUGAUAAAGAAGAAGAUGCGCAGAUGGAAGAGAAGUCCCUUAUAGGGAGCCAUUUGGAAAACAGACGCCCGCCAUGUAAAAAGAUUAGUUUUAAAAUAAAAAAACAAUCGUCUCUUUAUAAAAGGAAUUUGACAGUGCCUAGAGUGAGUAACGUGCCAAAAAAUACUGUUGCUGAACUAACAAAGAAGUUCAACGAAAUGGUGGAGAGCAGGAACGUGUAUGAGGAGCAACUGAUACAAAUGCGGUUGCAAAGGGGUGAUAGUGUGUGUAGUGAUAAGAAAGUGAAAGUGUCCAGAAAACCCAGUGUUAAAACGAAACCCACGUCCGAAAGUAAGACUUUAGUGAUAAUAAAAACCACCAGGAAAAAUAGUGUUAAGAGACAAAAUAGUCAAAAAGACUCACCAAACAGACCGACAACGUUAAAUUUAACAAAUAUUCCCAAAGCCAUCAUCGAAACGUCCCCUAAUGGAACCUCUGUCAAAGCUGCCAUAGAGAUUUUCGAAAAAAAAACCACAGUUGCUCAAGUGAAAAGUCCUAAUAAACCAACCAUUCCAGAAAAAUCUGCUGCAGUACUUAACUUAUCAAGAAAAACUGCCACACUACCUACAUCCUACAAGCAUAUUUCUAGGAGUCCCGAAAAAAAGACUGUUAUAACAAAACCGGCAGCAGUAGAAUUCAGUGAGGAGGACGUGCCAGUGAUCAACAUCCCAGCAGUACUGCCACAAAGACGUUGUGAUUCUAUGUACGAAACCCUAAACUUAAAAAAAGUACAACCAGAUAGUAAAUCAAAAUCUGUAGAUAACAUUACUAGUGAAGUUAAGCAAAUAUCAGCGGUCCCAAAUGUGUCGUUUCUCUGGAGAGAUAAGUCUCCUUCAUCGUCUUCCAGUAGAUCCUCAAUAAAUACUUUAGAAAAACCGAAAUUGCCUCCUGAUUUGCCUCCAAAACCUAAUACCAGAGCCAGACCAGUUAAGAAAAAAAUGCCUCUACCAGAAGAGGUAGACUACGAGGAAAUAAGCCAAGUAAGAGAAGAAACACUUAAAAGUCUAGAGGAAAUAACACCUAUCGAAGAAAAAGCCCUAAAUGAAUAUGACCACUUAAUUAGAGAAGAAAAAGUUUACGAAGAGCUGAGCACUAUGGUAACUAAAAUUGACGAUGGGUAUGAACCGAUUGAAAGUGGGGAAGUUAUUUAUGAAACCCUCCCGGUUCCGCCCAGUAUUCCUUUGAGGAGAUCAAGGCAAGAGCCGCUGCCUCCCAGGCCUCCAUCUUCGGUUAGGAUCGAGGAAGGGAUUUACAACUGCUAUGAGUCAAUCUAUUCCAAGAAAGACGGACUAUACGAAAGUAUUUAUGGUUCUCAGCUAACGGCCAGCAGUAACGGUUCUAACAGAGACAGCAUUAUAUCCUCAGAACUAAAAAGUAACAGCCUCUAUGGACAAGCAGUGCCAAAUUGGCAUGACUACGACAACGCUGAGAAUGUCUAUUACAGACCACCCAGUGAUCUAAGCGACAGGACGUCAGCUACUGACCGCAGUGAUGACUGGGAAGAUGUUAUGACUGAUAUUGAAGUUACUAACACAUUUAUUUUGGUUCGAGAAAAGGCAAAAAGCAAAAAAUCAGGGUGGUCGCAGCAUUUUAGGGACAGGGCGGCCAAAUCGCUGGAAGAAGCUAACGAGGAUACUGGUGAAGAAAGUGAUCACCACUAUGAAAGUCUUUAUGCAGGCAAAGAUGAAGAGGAAUUGGAUUAUGACUCUUUUGAAAGUGAUACGGAGUCUGACGCAUCUUUUGAUAGGAACAAAAACAUGAGUGGUGGAAUAGAAAACACCCAACUUCCAGAAUUGCCAAACAACCAGAGCUUUAUAAAAUCCGCUGAGAAAAACAUGAAAAAAUUCAGAAUGAACAUUACUAGAUCUCUUACUCGCAUGAAGAAGCACAUUUCAAAGACUGAUGCAGAGACACCAAACGAUCCUAAUAAAAAAAGAAAAUCUGACUCCAAACUUAAACAACGAAGCCCCGGCAACGAACCUAUUGUAGAAGCCAAGAAUCAAGACGUUAAAACCUCACCUGAACCUAACAAGUCCUCAAACAACGAAUCUCAAUCACCAGAAGACAAUAAAACCCUUACUCGAACUAAAAGCGGAGGGUUUCUCACCAAAUUCCGAAGAAGCAUGUCUUUAUCAGCAGAAUCCGCUUUGGAAUUAACUUCCAAUUUGAAUGGAGCGAGCAAAACUAAGAGCACGUUUUAUUUGACUGAACCAAUCGAUAUUGAUGCCACCGAAGGAUCUGAGAAGUCACUUUCACCGGCCAGGCAUAGUAAGUCACCUGUGAUGAGACCAAGAAGUCCUCCACCACCCGCUCCUGUUGGACAACCUGAAAUAAAAAAAUCAGAGAGAAAAGACAAUAAGGCUUCCUCUUGGUAUGCAGAUUCGGGGGUGUUCAAAAACAACGAUCAGUCCAAGCGGCCAAGCACCUAUUGGUAUGCGGAAGUGGGUCUGUAUCAAGGGCAAAAUAGCUCUAGCCCUAGCACUAGCUCAGCUGAAAAUAGUGGAAGUAAUUUGAGUGCUCCAAUUAAAGCCUUCGAAAUACCAAGACCUUCUCUGAAACCAUCAGACUUUAUUAACCAAGAUGACAGGGAGCAUCUGAACAAUGUGAAAAACGAUAGUGCAUACUACACUGGAAGCUUUAACAGUUUAGGCAGUUUGGAAACAAAGAACGAUGACUCGUUAAAGCAGGAGCUUCAGCUGAGACUUCAAGAUGAGCCCUUGUAUCAGUUUUAUGAUGCUGCUGUUUUGGAGUCAAUAAGUUACGGUAAUACCUCAGAUUUCGACUCGGAUAACUACGAAGAUAUUCAUGAAAAAGAGGUAACAAGUAAUGUGAUAAAAAUUAGACCAUCAGCUAUGGAACUAGUCACUCCUCAAAGGAAUUCAAUUUGUAUCACGAAAACUCUUUGGUGUGAAAUACCGGAGGUGAUUAAUUCUUCGGUGUUAAGCACUUUAAGUGCUCAUCAAAAGAAACUGCAAGAGGCCAAGUUUGAGAUUUUAACCUCGGAGGCUUCGUAUUUAAAUUCUUUGAUUGUCUUAAUAAAUCACUUUGUAAAAAGUUUUGAUGCCAGUAAUUUAUUGUCCAGGGAACAGCGCGAUGUGCUUUUUGGGCAUGUAGAGGAAGUUUGUAGUUCGUCUGAAAAACUGCUUCAUGACUUAGAGAAAUGUUGGCAAGAUAACAUUUUACUGCACGGAAUCUGUGAUAUCGUACAAAAGCAUGCUGAAGAGAACUUCAACGCCUACAUCCCCUAUUGUGAAAACCAGAUUGUUAUCGAUGAAAUUCUUAAGAAUCUUAAAGAACGUUUGGGUUUCACUGAAUUCCUGAAACACUUGGAACUAAAUGAAGCCUGCCAAUCUUUGUCUCUGUAUUCAUUCCUGAUGCUACCAAUGCAACGAAUUACUCGAUGGCCUCUCCUGGUUGAUGCUGUGCUAAAGCGUUUGUCUCAGCAGGACUCUGAAUAUUAUGCUUGUCAGUCUGCCUUGGCAACUCUUAACAAGAUUGUCAGCCAAUGCAACGAAGCAGCCAGGCAAAAAGAACGAGAAAUUGAAAUGAUGCGAAUAGCUAAACAACUGGAUUUCCCACAAUCCAUCCCAAAAAUUGCAAUAAUCACUCCAGAAAGGUAUCUCAUCAGAUGUGGCUCUUUGGUUCAUAUGCAAUCCAGAAAUGAAGAUACCAAGUUGACUUUUGGGAAGAGGUUCAGUAAAACCAACGUGUUCCUGUUUUUAUUUAACGAUCUGUUUGUGGUGGCAAAGGAAAAGGGUGAGAAAAACUAUUUGGUGCAACAUUACUGUCCAAGGGGCCUGGUCGAAUUGAGCUCUUCGGAUGUUAUGCUCUCUGUGCCGGCAAAGGAGGCACAUUCAAAGAAUUUAAUCUUUUUAACUGUACUGGAGAAUCAGGAUGGAAAGAUGAUUGAAUAUCUCCUCUCUUGCAACUCUGAAAGCGACAAGGAACGCUGGAUAAAGGCCCUUACGCCCCCGAGAUCAGAAGAUCCUGAUGAAACCGUUUAUGGAUAUUGGGAUUGCCCUCAAGUAUCCGCUGUUCACAAUUACGUCGCUUGCCAACCCGACGAGUUGGCCCUUACGAAGGGUGACGUAAUCAAUGUUUUAAGGAAAAUGACUGAUGGAUGGUUUCAUGGAGAACGUAUUCGGGAUGGGCAAACAGGGUGGUUCCCAGCUAAUUACACCGUUGAAAUAGCAAACAGUCACGUGAGAGCGCGUAAUUUAAAACAGCGUUAUAGGCUUCUGGCAUUUUCUGAUAAAUAUGUAAAAUCGAAGAUCAGUUAGUUGAAUAAGAGACAUUUUUAAAUACAUCAUUUACAAAGAAUACUAGCUAUAAGUAUACCCUUACUAGUAUUAUACUCCUAAGAGUAUUUUUUAGUAAAUUAAUGUUAGACUGAGCGUGAUAUGUAUCUGUAAUAAAUCAAUUAUUUUAAGUUAUUUUGGAUGAAAUUAAAUUUUAUGAUACCCUUUUAAUUAUUUUGUUGGGCAAUUGAAAUUUUAUACAAUUUUGUAAGUUUUUCUGUGUAAAUGCAGUAUGUUGUUGUGUAUAAUUUAUUUAGGUGUAGUUUAUUAUAAUAUUGUCUUUGUAAUAUUAUUUUUUGUAUAUAAACAAUCAUGUAUAAUA